UUGGAAACUACUGUUUGUUUUCUUCGUGUGCACCUACCCGCUCACAAGUGGUACCAGAAGUGGGGCCCUUUGUUGCACACAGUGGUCAGGAUGUUUCCAGUGAACACCCAUGAUAAGGAAGAUGCUGCUUGGCCAGUGGGAGCCAACGGAGCUGCGGCAGGAGUCGCUAGUGAGCUCACCGCUACAGUGCAGCAUUUGUUGACAGCUAUGCAGCAUCAACAGCUACAGUUCCAGGAACUCGUCCUGAAAACCCUGACGACUCAUCGGCAAACUGGACCCAGCCAGAUGCUGUCCAAGAUGACCCCCGACGACGACAUAGAAGGCUACUUAAGGGUCUUUGAGCAGACCGCCGAGUGUGAGAAAUGGGCCCCAGCAGAGUGGACGAUCACACUAGCACCGUUCCUGUGUGGGGAGGCGCAGAAAGCCUAUGUUGACCUAAACAGAGAAGCGGCUUGCAACUAUCAAAAGUUAAAAGCAGAGAUCCUGGCCCGACUGGGGGUGACUACAGUAGUUCAAGCUCAGCGGUUCUAUGACUGGCAGUACAACCCUGAGCGGCCGGGGGGUUCCCAGCUAUUUGACCAGCUACUCUUGGCGAAGAAAUGGCUUAACCCCGAGCUCAAUUCACCCGGACGGGUGGUCGAGUUGAUGGUAAUGGACAGGUUCAUCCGGAGCCUUCCCACGGCAGCCAGAGAGCGAGUAGCAGAAAGAGACCCCAGCACCCUGGAUGACACCAUAGCUGCGUUGGAACGCUACAUCGCAGCACAGGUUCUGGGGCAUGCGGACCGGCAGGUCCAGGAGAAGAGAGGGACUACUAUAGUCAAGUCACUUGUCCGCUUGGACCCAAAACUGGCGCCUGCAGACGAUCGCCAUAGAGAACCACGAGGACCACACCGACACCUUCUAGGGAAGCAAGAGGCCCCUGCCGCUGCCACCAAGCAGGAGGCAUUCACUGGAGAGAAUGGAUGUUGGACACAGCCAAAGUAUACCAUGUCUCCAAACCAGCUCAGCAGCCAGACCUAGAAAGGAGGGAGAAUCGACCAGGUGGAUCCCUGACAGUAGCUAUGGGCGAUCAGCUGAAUAAGCAACAGCAAG